AUGAUGUCUGCUCGAUCCAUGAUGACUAUGCGCUCUACGCAGGCUAGCAAGAUGAUCCUUGGACGAGGAUUCUUCACCACAUCCACACGUCUCGGUCUCAAGGAGUCUUCAACUCAAACCGACGUCGACUACGAAAAGCACAAGCAGGACUCCCUCAAGAAGCAGAAGGAGGGCAGCGGCCACUGGAAGCCCGAGCUCGCCUCUGACAGCGAGGAGGCCGUCAAGGCUGACCGAUCUCAAACCGAUCCUCAGAAGGACAUCAAGAAUCUCCAGGAACGAACCAAGAAGGCGGCCGAGGAGACUCACAAGGCUGGCACCAGCACACGGGAUAACAUGUAA